AUGAACAAGAGUUAUGGAUCUCUUGUGGUUGGCGCAGGUGGCUUUGAGAACCUCCCUUUUUUGGAAAAGGAUUGUCGCAAUUACAUCGACAAAGCCCGUCAUCUGCGACUUGGUGCAGGUGGUGCUGGAGCACUUCGUGACUAUUUUAUGAGAAUGCAGUACAAGAAUAACGGUUUUUUUGCGUUGAUGGAUUUAGACGAUGACGGGCGGUUAAAAAAUAUUUUUUGGGCAGAUCCACGAAGUCGGGCUGCUUAUCAGUAUUUUGGUGAUGUCGUGACAUUCGACACCACAUACCUGACUAAUAGGUAUGGGAUACUCUUUGCACCUUUUGUCGGUGUAAACCAUCACGGGCAGUCGAUUCUGUUAGGAGCUGGAUUGAUUUCCAAUGAGGACACGGAGACAUUUACAUGGCUGUUCCAAACAUGGUUGCAGUGUAUGGAUGGAAUAGCGCCAAAGGCAAUUAUCACUGAUCAAGACAGAGCAAUGAAAAAUGCAAUUGCUAUUGUCUUUCCUGAAAGUCGACAUAGAUUUUGCUUUUGGCAUAUACUUAAGAAAGCCCCCGAGAAGCUUGGAUCGUAUGCCACCUAUAGAAGUGGGCUGAAAACCGAGCUGAUGAAAUGUGUGUACGACACACAAACUAUUCAGGAGUUUGAAAACUGUUGGGCCGGUUUUAUUAACACAUACGACUUACAUGAGAAUGCUUGGUUGACAAGUUUAUACAAUGAGCGUGAGCAUUGGGUACCGGUUUUCCUAAAAGAGCACUUUUGGGCUAGAAUGAGUACAACACAGCGAAGCGAGAGUAUGAAUGCUUUUUUUGACGGUUACGUCCAUGCGAAGACCAACUUGAAGGAGUUUGUUGACCAGUUUGACAAUGCAUUGAAGAAGAAAAUUGAAAAUGAAAAUCAGGCGGAAUUCCUGUCAUUUAGCGGCACCAUUCCCUGCGUAUCUAGAUCCCCAAUUGAGAAGAAAUUUCAAUCCUUGUACACCAAUGCUAAAUUUAAGGAAGUUCAACAGCAAGUCAUUGGCAUGCUUGAUUUGGAAAUUAAGCUACACAGUUCUGAUGGCGUAACUAGCACUUAUGUAUUAGAGGAUGAAGUUCGUAUUAAGGAGUUCACAAAACAGGUUACAUAUUCAGUGGAUUUUAAUGUGGAUGACUGCAAUGCAAAGUGCUCAUGUGGGUUAUUUCAGAUGAGGGGGAUACUGUGUAGACAUAUUUUGGCUGUAUUCAAAACAAUGGGUAUAAAAUUAUUGCCAGACCAGUACAUUUUGGACCGAUGGAGGAAGGACAUCAAGAGGAGAUACACGUCAAUCUGA